GCUCCCGAAAUAAAUGCUCGCCAGAUAAAUAUAGAUAAGACGGGGUUGGAUAAGGUCACCGCUCCGGCCCUUCUCCACUCUUGGCGCCGGCGACCACCCUUAUCCUCUGCUUUCGCUUCCUCCUCCUCCUCCUGACGGCCGUUGCGAAAUAGGACCGGCGGAGGAGGGGAGAGAGCGAGCGUCAUGUCGUCGGCGGCGGCCGCUGACAGCGGCGGCGGAGGAGAGGCGAGUUGGAACAGGGAGGAGGAGAAAGCCUUCGAGAACGCUCUGGCGAUGGUGGUGCGGCCGGUGAAGACGGAGGAGGGGGAGGACGGGUGGUGGGAGCUGAUCACCGAGAGGGUACCGGGGAAGACGGUGGCUCAGGUGAGGCGGCAUUACGAGAUCCUCGUGGAGGAUGUGAAGGCGAUCGAGGCUGGCCGGGUCCCCAUUCCCCGCUACGUCGGAGAGGACUCGGCGGCGGCUUCCAAGGAGAAGGACCACCACCACGGAUUGGGCGGAGAUAGGAGAUUCGAGAUGGGAGGGCAGGGUAAGAGCCUGUCGAAGUCGGAACAGGAACGUCGGAAAGGCAUCCCCUGGACUGAAGAAGAGCACAGGCUAUUCCUGCUUGGCCUCAGCAAGUUUGGGAAGGGUGACUGGAGGAGCAUAUCCAGAAAUUUUGUCAUUUCAAGGACCCCGACCCAGGUCGCAAGCCAUGCUCAGAAGUACUUCAUCCGCUUAAAUUCCAUGAAUAGAGAUCGCCGGAGGUCGAGCAUCCACGACAUCACGAGUGUGAAUGGAGGAGAUGUGUCUUCUCCUCAGGGUGCCAUCACCGGUCAGGGCAAUGCAAACUCUGCAGCUGGAGGAUCAUCCAUGAAGCAUCCUUCGCAGCCAAAUAUGUCGACGGUGGGAAUGUUCGGCCCCUCGGUCGGGCAUCCCGUCGCUGCACAUAUGGUUUCUGCUGCUGGUGCUCGUGUCAUGCUUCCCCCACACCAUGCCCCUUAUGUUAUGCCAGUUGCUUAUCCGGUGCCUCCUCCCACAACAAUGCACCAGUAGGCUUCUGUUUUUAACUCGUACGUAGAUGCUUUGCUGCUUUCCUCUGUUUUUGUAGUACCAUGCAUGGGCUGAGUGAAAGAGAUGGAUUCACAUAACAGUUCCAUAAUGUGAUGCCAGAAUGGAGUUGACAGUGUCCUCAACUUUGAUUGGUGCAAUGGUUGGAUUAGCAACUGGUUGAAGAUAAAGUUUCUUUGAUAUAAAUAUGUAGUGUAAUUGGCACAAGGAUGCUGCCUUCUCUUCUGUGGUGCCAUCUGGUCCUCUGGCAAGACAUGUAACAAAUAACGUAAUACUGCCAUGUAGUGUUGCUGUGUGAAUACUUAUGUUCUUUUUUUUCUUUUUUUGGUAAGGAAUACUUAUGUUCUUUAGUGGCACAUGUAAUGUAUAUGGUACAUGGAGAUUCAUCGUUCUUUUUGGUUGUGUGCUUGUCCUUAAUUAAAUCAUGGAAGAGAUGGAAUUUUAUCUU